AUGACCGAGGUUGUUGGAUCUCAUACCGCCUCCAUCCAAAAAUUGGAGAUGCAAAUGAGAGACCUCUCCAAAGAGCAAAAUCCAAAACAAAAGGGAACACUCCCUAGUGACACGGUUGCAAAUCCAAGAGGUAGUGGGAGUGGCCCAACUUCUCACAUCAUGGAAAUCACUACUAGGAGUGGAAAAGUUCUACACGGAGAAGGUGAACAAAUGGUUGAAGAAGAAGAGUCCGAACAAAGGGUUGAGGUUGAAGAGCCAAGUGUUGUCGAGGUUGAAAAGAUCCCGGAGGAGUUGAAAGUGCAAAAAGAGAACCGGGAAGAGGUGAAGGAAAAAGUGGAAGAGACACCAAAAGCUCUUCCACCUAUUCCUAGACUCCUCCCCCAUUUCCUCAAAGAGGCUUUUCAAGAGAUGCCGGGGUUUGCUAACUAUUUAAAGGAUUUGAUCACCAAAAAGAAGACCACACAGAAUAAGGUGGUAAACAUGACUCACCGGGUUAGCUCUAUUAUUGCCACAACCAAAGUCCAAAAGAAAGAAGACCCGGGAGCUUUCACCAUUCCUUGCACCAUCGGGUCACGCGAUUUCGCAAGAGCCUUAUGUGAUAAUGGGGCUAGCAUCAACUUAAUGCCUCUUGCCAUCUAUAAGCAAGCGGGGUUAGUUAUGCCAAGACCCACUAGUAUGAUAUUGCAAAUGGCCGAUCGGUCAAUCAAACGCCCGGUGGGAAUUGUUGACAAUGUACUUGUAAAAGUGGGGAAGUUUCAUUUGCCUGCCGAUUUUGUAAUUCUUGACUGUGCGGUUGAUAAAGAAAUACCAAUCAUUUUGGGGAGACCAUUCCUAGCCACGGGAUGGGCACUCAUGGAUUCGGAGAGAAAUGAAAUUAAAUUCCGGGUGAAUGAUGAAGAAGUGAAAUUUCAAGCGAGCAAGGGUAUGAAACUACCCCAUGAGUAUGAGAGAAUUUCAGUGAUAGAUGUCAUUGAUGAGGUAGAAGGUGCCGUCGAAAUGAAAAUGGAAGAACAAUGCCUUGGUGAGGCAUUGGCGGCUAUCUUGGUCAAUUUUGAUGGUGAAGACAUGGAUGGGUACAUGGAGUCGGUAAAUGCAUUGGAGGGUCUUGGAUCCUACACUUAUACUCCGGCAAAGCUUUCUCUUGAUUUGGAGAAUAGGGCCACACCUCCCGCAAAGCCAUCAAUCAUUGAGCCACCACAACUAGAGCUCAAGCCACCCCCCCGCACCUAA